AUGGCAAACAUAGCCGCGAAACGUAUAAAACGAGAGUUCAAAGAAGUUAUGAAAAGCGAAGAGGUUGCGGGGGGUGCCAUCAAAUUGGAGUUAGUGAACGAAUGCUGGACGGAAUUGCAGGGCGAGAUUGCAGGCCCUGCCGACACCCCCUAUGAAGGAGGUACAUUCCUCCUGGAAAUAAAAGUACCAGAAACAUAUCCAUUCAACCCUCCAAAGAUCCGAUUCAUGACCAAAAUCUGGCAUCCGAACGUGUCCUCUGUCACUGGAGCCAUUUGCUUGGAUAUCCUCAAAGAUCAGUGGGCCGCCGCGCUAACUUUGCGUACCGUACUUCUUUCUAUACAGGCCUUGCUUUCCGCUGCCGAGCCUAACGACCCGCAGGAUGCUGUUGUUGCUAAGCAGUAUAGGGAAAGUCCCCACUUGUUCACUAUGACUGCUCGGCAUUGGACAAAUAUCUACGCCGGAGGCCCUUUCACUGUAUGGGAGUUCAAUCAGAAAAUCCAGCGUCUUUUAGACAUGGGCAUUGAUGAAGAUCAGGCACGAGUAGCUCUCUCUACAUACGAUUGGGAAAUAGAGAGGGCUACUGAGCAACUGUUUAGU